AUGGCCGCCGAUGAAGAAAGGCGCGCAGCGCGUAUCAAAGAGCUUGAUGAGCAGAUCGAGGCGGCCGAGGCACGAGUACAAUCCCUCCAGUACCUCCUCAAAGUGCAGAUGGCCAACGCGCUCUCGAUCCAGUACUCGUACGACCGCGCAAGCUCCCAGGACAGCGCGCACGAGCAGCUCGAGAAGCUGUGCCAGAUCCACCAGGCCCGCAACCAGCAGUGCCUCUACCGCAUCUGCGCCGGGGUCACGGCCUUCAAGGUCGCCGACCCGGACCCCAACGCCGUGGAUCAGGGUAAAGUGCUGGGGCUCCGGUUCGAGGUCAUGUCCAAGUCGCAGUUCAUCCACCCUUUCUUCGUCAUGCUGAACCGCCCCUGGCUCCCCGAGCACCUGCCCCCGCCGGACGAGGAGGUCGACGGCCGCCCGCCCAAGCAAGACCUCGCCCACUUUGCGCGGACCUUGCGCCAGGAGCUCGUGUGCUACCACAAUCGAAUCGGGGCCAUUGCCGACCUGCGCCGCGACAUUGGCAUCACCGGAAACGAGGGCGUGGACCAGGAAGCGCAGUGGCUCGUGGACGUGAGCGCGGCGGACUCCGAGGCCAAGCAGAUUAGGCUGGAGUGGUCCAAUGGUCGGACGGGGCGGGUCGUCAUGGACGCCGAUGGCGUGGUCAAGCAGCUCGUCGUGUUUGGGCCCGAGGGGCGGGAUAGGGAGACGAUGAGGGCGUUGUGGUCGGACAACUUGCGCAUCGAGGACUUUUCGGGGAAGCUUACGCAGCUACGACAGAAGGAAUGGAGGCGCGAGCUGGAGCUGGAGAAUGAGCAGGAGCAGGAGCGAGAAACCGAGAUCUUUUCCGAAUCCGAGGCAUAA